UGGGAGGGGGGGGUGUUGUAAAUUAAAGUAUACGUAGGUGAGCCUCGCAUCAGUUCGUUUUUUUUCGGAGUAACGUUACCUACCGGGCUUCCUCAAAUCGGGCCACUGCUAGAGGGAACAAGAUGGGAUGCUUCUAUUCGAAGAAAUCCAAAAGAAAGUCGGGGGAGAAAGAAGAGCAUACGUCGACUGGCGAAACUAGUAACGCGGUUCCCCUUGGCAACAACACCGACGAAGCACCGAAGCAGUACAGCUGGGAUAAAAGAGAGAAGGUUGACCUGAGUCACUACACGCUCAAAGAGCUCAAAGAUGUCACAGUGGGCCGUCUGCCCGGCACAUUAAACGGGGAACAGUUUGUCAUCCAAGAGUGCGAGAACUGCAACAUCUUUGUGCUGGAUCACUCUGCGACCAUCACCAUCGACGACUGCGUCAACUGCCGCAUUGUGCUGGGACCUGUUAAGGGAAGUGUCUUUUUCAGGGACUGCAAAGACAUCAAGUGUGUGGUGGCCUGUCAGCAGUUUCGCACGAGGGACUGUCAAAAGAUGGACGUGUUCCUCUGCUGCGCCACCCAGCCCAUCAUCGAGUCCUCCACAGGAAUGAAAUUCGGCUGCUUUCAGUACUUCUACCCCGAACUGGCCUUUCACUUUAAGGACGCGGGGCUGAGCAUAUUCAACAACAACUGGAGCAACAUCCACGACUUCACGCCGGUGUCGGGGGAGAACAACUGGAGCCUACUGCCGGAGGCAUCUUCCGUUCUGGAUUUUGUUCCAACCCCAGAUCCCGAGUCCGACUUUAAGUCUGUCCGGAUCUCCGCCGACCCCUCUCGGAGCAUUGUCCCCCUGACCAAGGGAGGGAGGAGGAAGGAGAGUGAGGAGUCCUGUCUCUUUCUGUUCUUUGCUGGCGAAUACACCACUGCAAAUGCCCGCAAACUGAUAGAUGAGGCGGUAGCUAAAGGUUUUGUUCUGAUCCAGACAAAGGAGGUCCUGAUGCGGCCUGAAGAUGUGAAGAGGGUCUUCCAGAACAGUGAAGAUGAUCUGGUGGAGUGGAUCACCAAAGGUCCUGUUGUUGCUCUCGAGCUGAACGGUGACGGAGUGGUGGAGGCCUGCAGGAACAUCGCCAAUGAGGUGUUCAGUGCCACCAAGGUUUUUGUUUCUGACAACAAAAAUACUUCAACUCGAGAUGUGGACAACUUCUUCAACUUUGCCGACAUGCAGAUGGGAUUUUAAACGGUUGGCCUUCAGGGACAUCCGUCGCGCUACCUGAGAUUAUUCCACCGUGUCCGCUCAGCUCAGCUGCUGUAAAAUAGUUCAGACUGGAAAAUGGGCGUGUUUGAUCAAAUCCACCAAAUCCAUUUCAACAUCCACGAGUGCAGAGAGGUAGAGCAGUCUCUGCUAAUGGGUAAUGUCUGCUGACGUCCUCUCUCGUCCACCACCAAACCCCUGACAUGUUCUGAACUGCUGUUUCAUAAGCCACCUGCAGUUCAGUUCAUUUAGAGACGAGGACCAGAUCUACUUGAACUAAAACGGAACAAAAGAAUGGGGAAGAAGGAGCUGGCUAUAUAAAACUAUUUUUAGAUUAAGUGCAUUACAACUCCAGUUUCCUCUUUAUUAUCUAAGAGAAAUGGCAUCCUGUGUGGUUUCCUUCUGCAAGUCUCAUCAUUUUUAUAGGGUUGGUGUCUUCAGUGCCAUUCUUUUUCUUUCUUUUAACUCAAACCAGUCUGGCCACCUUCCCUCGAAUGUCAGAGACACCUUUGACCCCUGAAGCAGCUCUGGCUUUUCUUAUGAAAACAUUUUCUGAAUUACACAAACUAAAUCGUGCGACAGGUAAUAAAUCCUUUAGACUGCGUUUUUUCCUCAUUUUGAUGCUCAGUUCUGUGCAUAACGUGUAUCUAAUGUUGCUCUCAGCUUGUUCUUCUCAACAGGAGGGCUGAGAUUGGACAAAAUACUGUGGUAAAUGACUAACUUUAGCCAAAUGCCAGUCAAGAGAGUCAUCUAAAAGAGUCUCUGACUCACAUUUAUUUCCUCUUUUUUUGUUAAAACUCAACCAUCACUUAAAUAUACUACCAUUACAAUCAGAGGCAAUGAUAAAUAUGACUUUAGCAAACAUGCAUUUAUUAAAUCUGUGAUAUGAAAUUGUACUUAUCUGGAUUCAGGAGGAGUAUUUUACAUGUGGAAACAUAAAGGGAGUUUUUUUGUUGUUGUUGUUCUACAUUAUCAGCAAUCACAUUAUAUAUAUAUUCAUCAAAACAAAAGUUUUCUGUCUAGACCGUCAAUCAUGGUAUGUACACUUUGAAUCUUAGCUGCAAACAUUACUGUGAAUGGUUAUUUCUUCUAAAAGGAUUUGAUUUUUUCUGUUGGUGUUCAUUGAAACUCUGCUGUAAUUUAGUUUUUUAAUUCCUAAACAUUCCUGCCUAAAGACAAAUGAAAUGGAAAAAAAAACACACAUAGCACAUGGAUAAAACAAUGAAGGCAGAGAUGAGUUUUGGACGAGCUGUGAUUUCUGUACACAUAUCUCUAAAUACUUUCAUAUUUGUCUUUUCUUAACUUGUAGUUGUUUUUUUUUUUUUAAUUCUUUUUUGGAUAAAUGAACUUUUGUGGCAUUAUGUUGUGCAUAUUUGAAACUUGCUGUAUAGAUGAUUUGAUAAGCCAAAUCAAGAAUGUUUGAAUGUUUCCUUUUAGCAAAAGGAGCCUGUGAUUAUUUUUAAAAUGUUUCUUUUAUACUUUGUUUUUCUUUUUUUGUAUAAAAAUGUAACAUCCAUUGUUUUGUACAAGUUCAUGUGUUUUACGCUGUUAUAAAUAGAGAAACCAAAUGAAAACAUCAA